AUGGAACUCAGCCGAGAACAUUUUCGCGCCAUAAUUUAUUACAACCUUCAGAGACAAUUAUCGCAACAAGAAUGCCUUGAUGAGUUACUGUCUGUUUUCGGCAACGAAGCGCCACAUCUGUCGACAAUUUCCCGUUGGUAUGGAGAAUUCAAACGUGGACGGGUGAGUCUUAGCGACGAUCCCAGGGAAAACGUCGAUGCUGUGCGCAAACUCAUCAUUGAAGAUAGACAUGUGACAUAUCGCGAGGUUGAGGCAAAAUUAGUUUCUCAGCAGAAAGCAGCCAGAGUUAAUUGGUGUACAAAAACGCUUGAUUGUUUCAAUUCCGGAAACUUAAAAAAUAUGUACAGCAUUGUUAGUGGUGAUGAAUCGUGGAUUUACUCUUAUGAACUAGAAAAUAAACGAAAGUCGGCUGUUUGGCCAACAAAAGUCAUCCGUUCUAGAAGUGUUUUGAAAAAGAUGGUCGCGACAUUUGUGUCAAAAGCGGGUCAUAUUGCGAAAAUUAAAAACAGACUGCGUGGUCAAGAGUUCCAGUCACCAGAAGAAGCAGUUCAUAUUGCAACACUUCCUCUUAAUGAGCAAAUAACUGUUACUGCGGAUUGGUAUACCACCAUUUGUUUGCCAAAAGUCAUCACCGAGCUUCGAAAAAUCAACCCCGCAAGAAAGAUCAUCCUCCACCAAGACAAUGCAAGCUCGCACACAGCCCAAAAAACAAGGCAGUAUUUAACGGAAGAAAACGUGAAAUUAAUGGACCAUCCUCCAUACAGCCCCGAUCUAGGUCCUAACGAUUUCUUUACUUUCCCGAAAAUUAAAAACAGACUGCGUGGUCAAAGGUUCCAGUCACCAGAAGAAGCGGUUGACGCAUUCAAAAAUGCCGUUUUGGAUCUGCCAGCAAACGAGUGGAAUAAGUGCUUCGAAAAUUGGUUCGAGCGCAUGCAGAUGUGUAUUAAUCUUCGUGGAGAAUACCUCGAAAAACAAUAAAGUCAUUCAAAAC